CACUGAACGUUUUUUUCGACAACCCUACGAGAAAGAAAUGAUCUGCAAUCGUUUCCAUUACAAAAGCAAAUUAAAUCAUGAUUCCCAUUUACCAAAAAAAAUCUUCCAGAUCUAGACACGAAGGCGCGAGUAAAAUAAAAUCAUAUAAGUGCAGAAACCAACAAUCCCUUCGAUAUGGUUUUUGACUAACUAGUAUUUGAUCUCGUAACGAAUUCUCUUAGCUCGUACAAUUUUAUUCUAUAUCAGUCUUAAAUAAAACCCUUUCUCAUUCUACCUACCUUGUAGGAAUAGGUUAAAACAGACACAGACGCCUCUGCCUCCUCGCCUACUUCCAGAGAAAUCACUGAAUUACGAGGUAGAGCGAUACUGGUAUACAGCUUUAACGGUUCCUUACAAAUUUUGAAAAAUUGCAUUUUUUGCAUUUCAUCUUCCAAAAACAUUUAAAAAUUUCGAAGUUUUCAUCCUUUAGAGUGUAUCCUGCAAGCUUCUGCAAACCUCGCAGUUCACCUCUUUCUAACAAGUUUCUAUUUAUGUUACAGAGUAACACGUUACUUUGAAAACGCCGUGAAAAUUUCAAAGUCCCAUUUAGAAAAGACUGUGUAUGGCAAGAUAAAAUACAGCUUAGUAUAUUCAUAACUCGUCUAUGUCUUUUUGAAGCCAACAUGAAGACAAUUUCGCUCUUUGACCGUCCAUUAGAGAUCCGGGAUACAGAAACAAAAGGUCGUGGUGUAUUCGCUUUAGAACAUUUGCCUGCUCAUACUUGUAUCGAGAUCAGCCCAGUUUUACUGUUUCAAAAAGAGCAAUAUGAAAACCAUGGUCAAUACACUGUUUUAAAUGAGUAUACCUAUGUUUGGUCAGCAGGCAGGCAAGGAUUAGCCCUCGGUUUAGGUAGCAUGUUUAAUCACGAUCGGUGUCCUAAUGUUUAUUGGAAAAAGGACGAACCGAACCGUUGUAUAUCUUAUUUUACUUUGCGACAGGUACAUCCUAAUGAAGAGUUAUGUAUAUCAUACGGUGAUCAGUUAUGGUUUGACGACGGCUCAGCUUCUAGUCAUAAUCACUAUGAUCAACCUGAAGAGGAAAACAGUUUCCUUCAAAACCUGCUUCUUUGAUUAAAAAAAAUAAAAACCCACAAAUCCCUUUCUAUCCUUUUAGUAUUUGCUCUUUUACUUAUUCGCGUUAGACUAUGCGGUAUAAUAUGGUUUUAACACAUGUAAACAACGUUUAUG